AAAGUGUACUCGUUCACUACGGCAGUGAUUAAAACCGUAAAUAAUCCCAAAAGUCAAAAUAUUUCAUAACUCUGCAAUAUGUGUAGUCUUGCAAGACAUGAAUCGUAGACUUAACAACAUGCUAUAUAAAUAAAAGUUAACCGCUGACAGAAAGAUGCUCGUCUUUGAUCGCUGCUUUAUUCGAGCAUGGCUUUGGCUGGUCUUAGCUCUGUCUGCAAUGCCUCCUGUGAAUACUUUAACGUCUGACUAUCAAAUCAAAGUGCGCACUUAUGAAAGUAAUUUCACCAUACCAAAGACAUUUAUCGCUCAUACUUUUACGUUUGAAGCCUUGAAGUGGAACAAGUUUCGAACUCAAUCUGAACAAUUGCACCGCAUGGCCGCUGCUUUGUCGCCUUCAACAGUGCGACUUUAUUUUUCCCCAGUGGAGACGGCUAAACCUCAUUCUAAAGCAAAGAUUUUUAAACACGAUGGGAAAAAAAGGAACAAGUUCAGGUCUUUGGAAAACUGGAACCUUGCUUUUAAUCAGUUUGAACCAGUGUACACGUUUUUCAAGGCCGUCGGCUGGGAUGUUAUGGUGGACUUUACGAACUUCAAAAGGAAAAGCGGACUUUGGAAUACCAUAGAGGCCAAAAAGUUUCUAGAUCAGGCUUCUGCCAGUAAUUUAAGCAUUCGCUAUUUUCAGAUUGGAAGCGAGACAAAUGCGUAUCCUAAACGCUUUAACAUCACUGCCAGCGUUCUACUGAAAGAUUUAAAGUUAUUGAAAAUCCUCUUGGCGGGCUAUCCCUUGUAUGACAAUGCCAAGCUGGUUGGUCCAGACGUAACAUGCCCAAGCCAAUCACUUCAUUACUUGAAAAGAUUUCUAACUCCUGAUGCGAACGUACUCUUGAGUGCUUUAUCCUUUCACUGCAAUAGUGUACAUGGCAACAGCAUAAGAGUAAAAGACUUCCUGAACAUCACCGUCUUGGACAGAAUGGAAAGAGAAAUGAACCAAAUGCGGUGGAGCAUGGCCUCACUGAACACUGAACUGCCUCUGUGGUUGACAGAGACGGCAACCUUCGAUGAUUGCGACGACAGCUACGAUUCGCUUGGAUUUAUAACUACGUUACUAUGGCUGGAUAAACUCGGACUAGCUGCCCACCACGCUAUUGACCGUGUUUAUAGACAUACAUUUUGGGGCGGGGACUGCGGAUUAUUGGACGAAAGAACUUACGACCUAACUCCAGAGUACUAUGUCACAUACCUAUACAAAAGCCUGAUCGAAGGGCCGGCGUUUGAGGUGGAAAGAGUGAGUCCGCACGUCCGCAUGUACGCUGCCUGCGCGAGAAAAAAUGAAUAUCCAGAUGGUGCCUUGGUUGUCUAUGCGCUAAACAUCAAAUACACUAGCCUGACACUAAAGUUUGACCAGUUCAAUGGAUCCUCGAUUGACGCCUACAUCUUUACAUCGGCUAACCCAAAGAAUUUGUUUUCCAGAAAAAUGAAACUGAAUGAUGGUCCCAUUGUACUAAAGAGCGACUACGUCCCUGACCUGCAGCCUGUCAAGACGUCUGGCAAUGUCUCCUUGGAGCCUUACAGUUUCGCAUUCUUCGUGAUCGCCGAGGCCAACGUGACAAUGUGCAAGAUGUACGAUGAGAAACAAGGGACCCUAAAACUGAUGAAACUGGAGGAUAUUCUGAAUGAGGCGAGGACACAGCGCUUGUGGACGAGAGAAUAUUUGACUGUGUCAUGCCUUGCUUUAGUUUGUCUCAUGGGCAGAGGCAUUGUGUUGCCUUAAAUAAAGAGCUUCAACAAAAAGCAAUUGUAUGCUUUUGAAAACAAGACCAGCCUAGUGUGUGUGGCUAGAUGAAAUAAAGAAUAUUUUUAGACUUGUAGUGGUCUUAGUGCUGGAGAUAAAUGGUGAGAUUUGAAAGAACGAUAUUUUAGACUAAUCAUGAAAACUUUUUAUUUAAAGCUUUUACAUUGAGAAAGAUGUACAAGAGAUAAAUAUUUGUAUUGACUAAUAAAAAUGUCAUUUCAUUAC